UGGAAGCAUCUACCAUCUGGAGGUCACCAGGUUGGAGAAGCAGCCUCGUCAGCUGCGCUUCUUCUACCUUUCGCGCUGUUGCGAUUCAACCUCCGCAACAGCAUCUUCAGGUUUGACUGGCCCCGUUACAGACAUCAGAGUUGACGACGUCGCCGGCGAUGUGCAUUCCUGCUAAUCAAUGAUCAUGCUGCCAUACCUUCCGCCCUGACGACUCCAGUAAGAUGACCAGCAAGAUCGGACACCAUAGCCUCCAUUCUUGACGACAUACUCUACGAUAGCCAGUCGGACGGCGGCAUGUCGUUGACCGUCCACCAGCUGAAUGCCGACAGUUGCUUUCUCCUAACCUUCAGGCCAUCAUGUGCGGCCCAAACGCUCGAGGGCAAGUUUCCGGGGAGUUUCAGUAUUCUCGUCGAUCCAUGGCUCGACGGCGCGAGCUCAGUCUUCCACCCCAAGUUCGCAACAACAUAUCACAGCGAGCCAUCCGCCAUCCGAUCACUGCGGGAGUUGAAAGACGAGAUCGAUGUAGUUGUGAUCAGCCAGGACAAGCCAGAUCACUGCCAUCGAGAAACGCUGUGCUCGUUGGACAAGAGUACGAAGACGAAGAUCUUCGCAACACCAAAGGCCGCGUUCAAAAUCCGCGACUGGAAGCACUUUGACGAUCCUAGCAUAAUAGAGGAGAUACCUACAUACUGCACUUCCAAAGGGGCUGCUGCGUUCGUCCGUAUUCCCAUCGAGCCGCACCCUCCCUCUACGGCUGUGGGCGAGAUCACAAUAACGAAUGUCACUACCAAGGGCGACUUGGCGCGUUUACACAAUGCCAUUGGCAUCACCUACCGUCCCCCUGGUACAGCGCUCACCACAGUCGAGGAUAAUGCCAUCAAGAUAGGUGAUCUCUCUAUGUCGGCUCAUUCUGGCACAACUAAAACAUCGUCCAAGACCAUUCGUAAGAAGCCAUCCAUCAGCAGUCACUUUGGCAUAUCAAAGAGAAUUUCUUUGCGUUCGCUGUCCUUGCCAACCAGCGCGAACCCCGCGUCGAACACCAUCGAUGCCCGCCAUCCGGCAAGCACCAGCUUCAAUAACAAGCCUCACGCGCCGGGCUCUCCCACACAGCAGCAACCCGCCGAAGCCGUACUUUCAGUCCUCUACACCCCUCACGGAAUCGACUUCGCCAACCUCCGUUCGUAUAUCGUCCACCACCUCGCACCGUUGCCGGGCGCUGUUCCGAUCACCGCGCUGUUUCACGCGUUCAACGUGGAAGCCAAUCCCAAGAUUCUUGGUGGUCUGAUCAGUGGUGGUGCACCUGGCGGCAUCAAUAUUGUAAGAGAGGUCGAUACGAAGUAUUGGAUAUCCGCACACGACGAAAUCAAAAAGAAUGAAGGAUGGGCAACGAAGUUCAUGAGUAGUACAGUGUAUGGAGUGGAAGAGGUGACUAGAUUGUUGAGGGAGACUGAGGGUAUCUCAAGCAUGCGGGGCAAAAGCACCAUUGUCGAGGCGCUUGGAAAUGGAGGAAUCAAGACAUUCUGAGAUGGGUGGACUUGCACGGCUUUUACAAUAUGCACUUGAUCCCGGGACGGAUGGUGUGGCGUCCAUCCACGAGAGGGCUGGGAAAGAGGCUAUGGUUCAAUAGAUGGACCGGUGUUGCGAGAGGGAAAACAAGGGAACUCGUCCGGACUGUCUGCUGCCAUGUCAGUCUGAGGAUAUGGCUUGCACAAAGCGCCGUUUCGGCUGCAGUAGCAAGCGACCUCAGAACCAUCGUUGUGUUUUGGAUGCUCGUCAGUGCUCGCAAGCUGCAGCCCGAAUCCUGAGUCAAUAUGGCUCCGAGCUACCGUGAUAUGGAAUCGUGACCCAUUUUGUCGCGUACAUGUAUAUGCGGGAUUGUUUACAUGCUUGUGAUAGUAAAGCGAGCCUGAUUGUACGUUGUCAUUGACAAUCGACGGCGGAGCGAUCAAACGAAGGAGACGUCGGCCUGGGAUAUACGUAUUUUUGGCUGUAGGAUGUGUUAGUGUAUAGGUACAUGUAGGUCUGUAAGAG